CAGAAGAAAAUACAAAUUGAUCUAAAUUUUUACAGUUGUGGAGGAGUUUUUUGAUUUUAUCGUAUAAACUGCUACUUGUAAGAUGCCUGAAGGUACAGAAGUCUUUUCAAAUCCCUAUGCCCCGUCUGGUAGUACAAUGGGCAUGGAUUCGAUGGAAGAUGAGGGUCCUGCUCUUACUAAUGAUGACUUCAGAAAACUGCUAAUGACACCAAGAGCAGCUGCUCCUGAUGUUGCCCCACCAUCUGCAAGUGUUGCUAAAUUAAAAGCACAAAGCAAAGUAUAUAAUGAACAUGAAAAUCCUGCUUCGCUAAGAAGAAAAAGGAAAAGCCAUUAUGCAAAAUUGAAGAAAAUUGAAGAAGAGAGAGAAAAAGAACUAGCAGCAAAGUACAGGGACAGGGCACGUGAAAGACGAGAUGGAUUCAAUCCAGAUUAUCAAGGAACAGAUGUGAAUCUUAAAGCAUCAGGAGAUUAUAAAGCAGUUGGUCCAACAGUUGAGGCAACAAAUACUGCAGCUGAAAUGAGAAAAAGGGCAAUUCAAGAAAGCAAAUUUUUGGGAGGUGACAUGGAACAUACACAUUUGGUGAAAGGUCUUGAUUUUGCCUUGUUACAAAAGGUGCGGAGUGAAAUUACAGCACAAGAAUACACAGAUGAGGAUUUGAUGAAAAAAGGAAAACAUAAACCUAAGAAUGAAAAAAGUAAACAAAUUGAAGAAAUUGAAGAUGAUGACGACAGUGAUGAAGAUGAUGAAAUGGAAUUUUCAACAGUGAUGGGACAAAAAAUCUACAAAUCAAUUUUUAAGAGCAGACCAGCUGACAAGAACGAACUUUUUCAACCCGGUAGAAUGGCUUACGUGUUCGAACUGGAGGAUGAAUAUGCUGAAAGUGACAUCCCAACCACCUUAAUAAGGAGUAAAGCUGAUUGUCCUGGAAUGGAGGCUCAAACGACAUUGACAACAAAUGACAUUGUUAUCAAUAAAUUGACACAAAUCCUGUCUUACCUCAGACAAGGCAUGCGGGGAAAGAAGAUGAAGAAAAAGGAAAGAGGUAAAAACAAGGCUGGAAUGGAUGAUCCGAAUGAUCAAAGAUAUCGAGGAAAAGUUCAAGGUUUAGACAGUAUUUACGAAGAUAUUGCUGAGUAUAACCCUGAUCACAACUCCCGAGAUAUCAAGAAAUCUAAAGAUGUGAAGAAAGAUAAACAUAACUACUUUGAGAAGCCCGUUCAUGGAGAAAGAAAUGUCGACGAUUCCAGAAAACCAGAAAUUUCCGCUAAAGAUUUCGCAAAGAGCGUCACAAAGCAGUUCAGUGACAAG